CCUCUCUGCUCACCGAGACCCUCACUAUAUCCUCAAGCCAGAACAGGGCUUUAAAUAGAGUCCUCUCCCACCUGCCACUGGCCUCAACAGCCAGAGCACCCUCCACACCCAACAACGUCCCACCACGAACUCUGAAGCCUCCGAGCGGGGUACGAGAAACCUCCACACCACCAAAUUUGCGCACGUAGAGAAAGCAUCCACCAACCGCUAAAAUGGUCAACUUCACGGUCGAGGAGAUCCGUGAGCUCAUGGACAGCGCGGCCAACAUCCGCAACAUGUCCGUGAUUGCUCAUGUCGACCACGGAAAGUCCACUCUGACCGAUUCCCUCGUGCAGCGUGCCGGCAUCAUUUCUGCGGCGAAAGCUGGAGAAGCUAGGUUUACGGACACGCGGGCCGACGAACAGGAGCGCGGUGUGACGAUCAAGUCCACUGCAAUCUCCCUGUAUGCCACCCUAAGUGACCCGGAGGAUAUGAAGGAUAUCCCAGUUAAGGUGGAGAAGAAUGACUUCUUAAUCAACUUGAUUGACUCCCCUGGACACGUUGACUUCUCGUCCGAAGUUACUGCCGCUCUCCGUGUCACCGACGGUGCGCUCGUGGUCGUCGACACUGUAGAAGGUGUCUGCGUGCAGACCGAGACUGUGCUUCGCCAGGCUCUCGGUGAGCGCAUCAAGCCCGUCGUCAUUAUUAACAAGGUCGACCGUGCACUCCUUGAGCUCCAGGUCAGCAAGGAAGAUCUCUACCAGAACUUCUCUCGUGUCAUCGAGUCCGUCAAUGUCGUCAUCGCCACCUACUACGACAAGGCCCUCGGUGAUGUCCAGGUAUAUCCAGAUAGGGGAACCAUUGCUUUCGGCUCUGGUCUCCACGGCUGGGCCUUCACAGUCCGUCAAUUCGCUUCGCGAUAUGCCAAGAAGUUCGGUGUGGACAAGAACAAGAUGAUGGAGCGUCUCUGGGGCGACAACUACUUCAAUCCUAAGACUAAGAAGUGGACUAAGACUGGCACGCACGAGGGCAAGCCGCUCGAGCGUGCUUUCAACCAGUUCAUCCUCGAUCCCAUCUUCAGGAUCUUCAGUGCUGUCAUGAACUUCAAGACCGAGGAGAUCCCAACUCUCCUUGAGAAGCUUGGGAUCAAGCUCACCAAUGACGAGAAGGAUCUUGAGGGUAAGGCUCUCCUGAAGGUCGUUAUGAGGAAGUUCCUCCCUGCUGCCGACGCUCUUCUCGAGAUGAUGAUUCUCCACCUCCCAUCCCCGGUCACUGCCCAGAGGUAUCGAAUGGAGACCCUUUACGAGGGCCCUCACGAUGACGUUAACGCUAUUGGUAUUCGUGAUUGCGAUCCCAAGGGACCCCUGAUGUUGUAUGUCUCAAAGAUGGUGCCGACCUCGGAUAAGGGUCGAUUCUAUGCAUUCGGUCGUGUCUUCUCUGGUACCGUCCGCUCCGGCCUCAAGGUCCGCAUUCAGGGCCCGAAUUACACCCCAGGAAAGAAGGAAGAUUUGUUCAUCAAGGCCGUUCAGCGUACUAUUCUCAUGAUGGGUCGAUUCGUCGAGCCCAUCGAAGAUGUGCCCGCUGGAAAUAUUCUUGGAUUGGUUGGAAUUGACCAGUUCUUGCUCAAGUCCGGUACGCUUACUACGGAUGAGACUGCACACAACUUGAAGGUCAUGAGAUUCUCUGUCUCCCCUGUCGUCCGGCGAUCCGUCGAAGUCAAGAACGCCCAAGAUCUUCCUAAGCUCGUCGAAGGCCUCAAGCGCCUCUCCAAGUCUGACCCAUGCGUCUUGACGUACAUUUCGGACUCUGGCGAGCACGUUGUCGCUGGUGCCGGAGAAUUGCACUUGGAGAUCUGCCUAAAGGACUUGGAAGAGGACCAUGCCGGUGUUCCUCUCCGUGUCUCUGACCCUGUAGUGCAAUACCGCGAGACGGUUGCCGGCAAGUCGAGCAUCACUGCCCUGUCCAAGUCUCCCAACAAACACAACCGUCUGUAUGUUAUCGCCGAGCCUUUGGACGAGGAAGUUUCACAGGCGAUCGAGUCUGGCAAGAUUGGCCCUAGGGACGAUUUCAAGGCUCGUGCCCGUAUUCUGGCCGACGAGCACGGCUGGGACGUUACCGAUGCCCGUAAGAUUUGGUGCUUCGGUCCAGACACUACGGGUGCCAAUUUGUUAGUGGACCAGACUAAGGCCGUUCAGUACCUGAACGAAAUCAAGGACUCCGUUGUCUCCGGUUUCCAGUGGGCGACUAAAGAGGGUCCCGUUGCUGAGGAGCCAAUGCGGUCAGUCCGCUUCAACAUUAUGGAUGUCACCCUACACGCCGAUGCGAUCCACCGCGGUGGCGGUCAAAUUAUCCCUACUGCCCGUCGUGUGUUGUAUGCUGCUGCUCUCCUUGCUGAUCCUAGUCUGCAAGAGCCAGUCUACCUUGUCGAGAUCCAGGUGCCAGAGCAAGCUAUGGGUGGUAUCUAUGGUGUACUCACCCGAAGGAGAGGCCAUGUAUUCGAGGAGAACCAGCGUGUCGGAACUCCGCUGUUCAACGUCAAGGCUUACCUCCCUGUCAACGAGUCCUUCGGUUUCACCGCUGAUUUGCGAUCAAAUACCGCUGGUCAGGCCUUCCCACAGAUGGUCUUCGACCACUGGCAGAUCCUCCAAGGUGGCUCGCCACUGGACAGCUCAACGCUGCCUGGCAAGAUCGUCCAGACGAUGCGGAAGAGGAAAGGUAUCAAGGUUGAGGUUCCGGGCGUUGACAACUAUUACGACAAGCUAUAGAAGGAAACUAUCGAAAAUUGUAGAUUUUCCUUUACUCCAGACCUUGGUGCGCACGGUAGUGUUGGGCCUGCUUGUGAUCGCUGGUCGCUGUAUACCACGAAAAGUCCCAAUUAUGGAGCUACCAGAGCAAUGAAAUGACGAUCCGGGCAGCGUGGCUCUCAAGGUCGGCCCUUGGUAUGGCUCAAGAGAUGGCUAAUGAUCUUUUUCCUUUGCAUGUUCUUUGUGUGACGUAGUUUUUAUGGUGGUAGAAAUAAGAACGAC